AUGGACAGUGGAACUUCAAUACAGUCCCCCUCUUCCUCCCUUCAUGCAAAGCCUGUGUCUGACUCGCCUGAUUGUGCUGAGAAGGCGCAAAAGGCACGCAUGCUAGGGGCAGAUGUGGUGCCAUCACGUGUUAACACCAGUCUGACUCGUGUGGUGAGAGAGAAGGCGCUCAUGUCUUACCUGAUGGCGCUCAUGUCUUACCUGAUGGCGCUCAUGUCUUACCUGAUGGCGCUCAUGUCUUACCUGAUGGCGCUCAUGUCUUACCUGAUGGCGCUCAUGUCUUACCUGAUGGCGCUCAUGUCUUACCUGAUGGCGCUCAUGUCUUACCUGAUGGCGCUCAUGUCUUACCUGAUGGCGCUCAUGUCUUACCUGAUGGCGCUCAUGUCUUACCUGAUGGCGCUCAUGUCUUACCUGAUGGCGCUCAUGUCUUACCUGAUGGCGCUCAUGUCUUACCUGAUGGCGCUCAUGUCUUACCUGAUGGCGCUCAUGUCUUACCUGAUAGCGCUGACAAGGUGCGAGAGGCACUUGAGGGCACGCGAGGCAGCACAACUUCACAAUGUGAUGCAAAUCGCUCAUGGCGAUAUGCGCGGUGGAGGGGGCCAGGGACGAUCCUAA